UAGAUGUCGGUGCCCAAGCCACAGUCACACUUACUCCCAAGUUCCUGAACAAGCUACCCUGGGAAAUACAGACUAUGCAUUUGAGAUGGCCAUUUCGAACAUCCGAUAUGGAGAAGGAGUUACUAAAGAAAUCGGCAUGGACCUGCAGAAUCUUGGUGCUAGAAGAGUUUGCCUGAUGACAGACCGAAACCUUUCCCAACUUCCACCAGUAAAAGCAGUAUUGAACUCCUUGGCAAAACAUGGGAUAAACUUUGAGAUGUAUGACAACGUCCGGGUGGAGCCGACAGACCACAGUUUCCUGGAUGCCAUUGCAUUUGCUAAAAAGGGAGAGUUUGACGCCUACGUUGCCGUGGGAGGUGGGUCCGUAAUGGACACAUGCAAAGCUGCCAACCUCUACGCGUCCAGCCCCACGUCCGACUUCUUGGACUUCGUCAACGCUCCUAUCGGGAAAGGGCAGCCUGUCACAGUGCCCCUUAAGCCACUCAUUGCAGUUCCUACAACAGCUGGAACUGGAAGUGAAACUACCGGUGUUGCCAUUUUUGACUUCAAAGAACUAAAAGUGAAAACUGGCAUCGCUUCAAGAGCCAUCAAGCCCACACUGGGCAUCAUUGAUCCUUUACACACCUUGUCCAUGCCAGAGCGAGUAGUGGCCAACACUGGCUUUGAUGUGCUUUGUCAUGCUCUGGAGUCAUACACUGCUCUGCCCUACAAGAUGCGCAGCCCCUGCCCUUCAAAUCCAAUCAACCGACCAGCCUACCAAGGCAGCAACCCCAUCAGUGACGUCUGGGCUCUCCAUGCUCUGCGCAUCGUAGCUAAAUAUUUGAAAAGAGCCAUCAGAAACCCUGAGGACCGUGAGGCAAGAGCUAACAUGCACCUAGCAAGUGCUUUUGCUGGUAUUGGCUUUGGCAAUGCUGGUGUUCAUCUCUGCCAUGGAAUGUCUUACCCUAUUUCUGGUUUGGUGAAAACUUAUAAAGCAAAGGAUUAUAAUGUGGAUCACUCUUUAGUGCCACAUGGCCUCUCUGUGGUGCUGACGUCCCCAGCAGUGUUUGCUUUCACAGCACAGAUCAAUCCUGAGCGACACUUGGAAGCUGCAGAGAUACUAGGAGCUGACAUCCGCACUGCCAGAAUCAAAGAUGCAGGGUUGAUUUUGGCAGACACGCUCCGGAAAUUCCUGUUUGAUCUGGAUGUUGAUGAUGGCUUAGCUGCAGUUGGUUACUCCAAAGCAGACAUCCCUGCGUUAGUCAAAGGCACUCUGCCUCAGGAGAAAGUGACCAAACUAUCACCACGUCCUCAGACAGAAGAAGACUUAUCUGCCCUCUUCGAGGCUUCCAUGAAGCUUUAUUAGCUUAAAUAUUUUAGUCAAAAAAGUAUGUUAUUUUCUAAUUAACACAAAGGUAAUUUCUUACAGAUAUCAGGAUGAAUUUGUUCACAGAUUGGAAGAACUUGGGUGCCUUCUGCGUCUUUUCCAUUGCACACUUCCAAAAGGACAAUUAAUUAAUCUUAACUAAAUAACACUUCGAAUUAAAAGUUUGAUUGUGGGACUUUUAUGCUCAAUAGACAAUGUUAUUCCUUACAUAAAAGGUAGAUCAGACAAUUAGCUAUAGAGCAGGUUUUCCUGUGCUUCAGAGGUGGUGAAAAGUGGAAAUUGUUUUUCAUGUGAUAUGCUGAAACAUUUCACAAAACAUGAUUUUUAUUU